AUGGCCUCCAACCCCUACCUCCUCGCCGCCGACAACCCCGCGGCCCUGCUCACGCUCCUGCGCGAGAACCCCGCCAUCGCCGCGGGCCAGGACGAGCACGGAUACUCUCUCGUCCACGCCGCCGCGAGCUACAACCACCUCGAUCUCUUGCGCGCUCUGGUCCGGGAGUUCGGCGUCAAUGUCGACCUGAGGGACGAGGACGAGGAGACGGCCCUGUUCGUCGUCGAGACCGUCGAGGCGGCAAAGUGCCUUGUCGAGGAGCUGGGCGCCGACAUCAACGCCAAGGGUGCCGACGGCAUCACCGCCAGCCAGAAGAUCGAGGGCGAGGCCGACUACCCCGAAGUCGCACAGUACCUCAACGGCAUCGAGUCCCAACGAAAUGCCGCUGCCGCCGCUGCUGCCGCCGCCGAGGGUGGUGACCAAACCACCGCAGCCCAAACCACCGCAGCGUCCGACACUGCCGCACCGCCCGUCGACAUGCCGCCCGUCCCUGAGGGUCUCGCUGUGACACUCGGCACCAUGGAUCAGGCCGACGAGGUCCCCGACGAGGUCGACCCCGAGUUCAAGCGCCGGAUAGAACAGCUGGCCGAGAGAGAAGACUUCCACACGGACGAGGGCCAGGCCGAGCUGCGCCGCCUCAUCGAGGACGCCAUCCUCGACCAGGGCCUGGGCGACGAGCGUAGCGUGCGUCAGAAGCAGGGUUAA